UUCAUGACAUUUGUUACAGUUUGAUUUAAAGUCAAUGAAAUACGAUGAAACCAAGUCGACUGUUCAUUUUACAAAGGAUUUUAAAGAAUCCAAAGAUGGAGAAGAUCUAAAUAAAAGGACGCAAAAAGGAUAUCAAAAUAAAAAGGAAAGAUGUGAAAAAGUUGAUCAAUGAGCUCGCAGCUGAAGCCAAGAAGGAAUCUUUUGAGAUUAUCAUAAGCGAAAAAGAAAAAUUUAAUUUCUUCAUUGCCAUUGGAUAUUUCAACGACGUUAUGAUCGAGUAUCCUAACGUAGAAAUUCCGGGUAUUGAAGGAAGUACCGAAGGAAAAUUGACUGUUCUUGGGACAGCUGAAGGCGUGAAAAACGUGAAGUUGAGAGUUUUUGAGGAUCUUGAUAAAAUACACGUUAUUAAAAUCGAGAUGAGUGAUCGACAAAUUGAUUUCUUAAAACGCACAGAAUGUAAGAUAGCCAACGAAGCAUUAAAAAAUGACAAGAUAAUGUUGAUUCUUAAAGAGGUUGAAGGCCAUGUUGGCGCUAAAGGUUUACAGCCUCAGUUGAUGUUCUUGAAGGAGCCUGGUAACGUCGAGGAAGAACGAGUUGUUGAAAUCAUAAAAUCGAAAACGUCAGAAAAGUUAGUAAAGAUUGAUGAAGAAACUGGAAAAUUUUUGGCAGAGUCCGACCGUUUAUCGAUGUUUAUAAAAGAGCAAUUGAAUAACAACAAGGUUUUAAUAUGCACUGAACUCGCGAAUCCAGAUAACAUCUGGAUUAUUUGUGAGGAAUCUAAGAUGAAGGAUGUCGAACAAGAUUUGAGAAAUUUAAUUGCCGAAAAUAAAAUUGACAACGGCGUCUUUAAACCAGUGAUAUCCGCAAAAGUUCGUUUCCUACAAGAACAUCGUUGGGAUCAUGAACAAAAUGCAGGAGUUGAAAAAUGAAGGAGUUGAUGUUGAAAAAACU